UUCAUUUUUAUCUAAACAAUGCUGCACCGUGCCGAUUUUUCUGAUGGCAGCAAUCUGCGUGGACUGCUGCCGAGCCCUGGGCAGAGGGAAGCGCCUGAUAGCCAUGGCGGCGGCGCUCAAGUCCAGUCGCAGCUCCACGAACGACGUGAAUGGCUGCUUCAGUUGGGCCUAAGUCCCAGCUGUGCGCACGAUCUGGCCAUGCACACACUGGAGCAUCCAGAGUUCAGUCUGAGUGAGUUCCAGGAGCACUGGCGACAGCUUCGCCAGCAGCUGGGUCCCAGGCGCCAGUACGAAGUGGAUGCCAUUGUGUUGCGCAGGAUCCGCGAGCUGCUGCAAAGCGGAUCGCCAGAAAGGAAUCAUCCAAGAACUCCGUCGCCACCGCACGGCAUUAACUGGAACUCGACUGAUUGCGACACGCCAGCUCCAGGUCAUCUGGGAUAUGGCUCACCCAUGCGUUGCCCGACUGAUCGCCAGUCAGAGCGUCGAAUGACUUCCACGCCUGUGUAUGAGCUGAAAGUGAAUGCCAUAGAGCCCGAUUUCUAUGACAUAAAUGAGGAUCCACGCAACGCCCAUGAGAAUUAUCAACCGGCACAUCCAAGCGCCUUCAUAGCCCACAGCUCCACUGACGAGCGCUACAAUGGAAUCAAUUAUCAGAGUGGUGGGGCUCAUUUUCCCGAGGCCUAUAAUAUAGAUGCAAAUGCUCGCAACAUAUUGACAGACGACAGUCAGUUUACAGGGCAUAACAAUCUGCACUUCAAUAAUAACUUUGACUAUGUUGGGUAUUUCAACAACAAUUAUCGCCAGCAGUUGCCUGCACACUCCGAGGCUAUGAAUACUUUCAACUUCAACAACCAAGCACGUGAGCUACAACAACAACAAAAUCGAAACUUUUAUAAUAAUUAUAAUAAUCUACAAUUUCAAAAUAAUGAGCGAAAUGCUUGUCAUUUUGACAACAGAAACUAUGCAGAUACGAUUAAUACAAACAUGAACUCAAAUCAAUAUCCGAUGGGUUAUUCGGUGCCAAGACCUCUGCUGCCAGAUCCCCGAGUCAGAAUCGAUAAUACAAUUGACGGCAAAUUCGGUGAACACAAUAGCCGCAAGCGCAUUUUGGACUCGCCCAGCGAACAGAAUUGGCCCAAGCGACGCUUUAUGGAGGAGACGAAUCAGAUAUUUAAAAUUGGCGGCGUUGAGUUGCCGCGAAUCCAAAGGAAGACCCACGCUUUGCCGCAGCCAGAGGGCAAAUCGUAUGCAAUCAAAUUCUUUAAGCGCCAAUACUGCCCCAUAGUGGGUGGAAUGACAAUGGGGUCACCAAUAGCUCCAGCUGAGCCGAUUCCAGAUUGUCCCACACAUCCAAAUCGAACUGCGGCCAAGCGCAUUCGCCAAGACUUGCGGAACGAAUGGUUGGUGCUAUAUCGGAAUAAGAACUACAAGGAUUGGGAUGUUUGGUGGAAAGACUUCAAGUGGUGCGGUGCGGGCAUCGAGAACGAGCUCGAACGCUAUAAAGGUAUUAAUUUAAUGGACAAAUCAUUUCUGCACAUUGUAAUGAACUAUGACAAACCGCAGACGGUUAAGAGGCUGCUGAAUCAGGCCAGCGUGGCCUUGGAAUUGAAUAAGACGAACUACCAGUCGAUAAUGGGCACCAUAUUCGAGAUCAUGAAUGAGAAGUUCUUGGGGAAAUUGAACUUUUCAGAAAUCGGCCGAUUGCAGGACAUGAUACGUUACAUGCCGAAUCAUCUGUGGGCAUACAAGAUGCGCAGCAUGGUCUAUCUCUGGUCCCGCUACUGCAAAGUGCGCACAUCGAGCGAUCAGAGCGAGGAUGCCGCCAAACAUCUCUGGGCCACACACACUCAAUGGUACAGCGCCCUCUUCCACUGGCUGGCCAAGCAGGCCUUCGACGAGCUCAAGCGGAUCAGUCGCAUCGAAUGGCCGGAGCAUCUCAAUAAAUAUGCCACAAUUGAGUGCGAGCCUUUGCCUUAAAUGAUGAAGUUUCAAUUGUAGCAAGCAAUACUAUACAUGGGCCGCCAU